AUGGCAGCGGGAAGGCAGCAGAUGGACUGCGACUCCCGUCAGCCCUCGGCGUUGCUGACGCCCCCAAUGUCGUCGAGCAGCCGGGGGCCGGGGGCCGGAGCGCGCCGACGCCGAACCCGCUGCCGCCGCUGCCGGGCCUGUGUGCGAACUGAGUGCGGGGACUGCCACUUCUGCCGAGACAUGAAGAAGUUCGGGGGGCCUGGGCGCAUGAAGCAGUCGUGCCUGCUCCGGCAGUGCACUGCCCCCGUGCUCCCACACACAGCUGUGUGCCUCUUGUGUGGGGAGGCUGGGAAGGAGGACACAGUGGAGGGAGAGGAAGAGAAAUUUGGUUUGAGCCUCAUGGAGUGUACAAUCUGCAACGAGAUCGUCCACCCUGGCUGCCUGAAGAUGGGGAAGGCUGAGGGUGUCAUCAAUGCAGAGAUCCCCAACUGUUGGGAGUGCCCUCGCUGCACCCAGGAAGGCCGCACCAACAAGGAUUCAGGUGAGGGGCCAGGCCGCCGCAGGGCUGACAAUGGUGAGGAGGGCGCCAGCCUGGGGAGUGGAUGGAAGCUGACAGAGGAGCCGCCACUUCCACCACCCCCUCCAAGGCGCAAGGGCCCCCUACCUCCUGGCCCCCCCCCAGAGGACGUGUCUGGGCCCCCCAAACGAAAGGAGAGGGAGGCAGGGAAUGAGCCCCCCACCCCAAGGAAAAAGGUGAAAGGAGGCCGAGAGAGGCACCUGAAGAAGGUGGGUGGAGAUGCCUGCCUCCUCCGAGGAUCGGACCCAGGCGGCCCCGGCCUUCUGCCCCCCAGGGUUCUGAAUCCAAGCCAGGCUUUCUCGUCCUGCCACCCUGGGCUCCCUCCCGAGAACUGGGAGAAACCAAAGCCGACUUUGGCCUCUGCUGAGGGUCCGGCGGUGCCAUCCCCAUCACCACAGAGGGAGAAGCUAGAGCGUUUCAAGCGGAUGUGCCAGCUGCUGGAGCGGGUGCCUGAUACCUCCUCUUCCUCCUCUGAUUCGGACUCUGACUCCGACUCAUCAGGCACAUCGCUUAGUGAGGAUGAGGCCCCUGGCGAGGCCCGGAAUGGGCGAAGACCAGCCCGGGGCAGCUCUGGCGAGAAAGAGAACCGUGGGGGACGGCGGGCUGUGCGCCCUGGCAGUGGGGCGCCUCUGCUCAGCUGGCCCUUGGGCCCCGCCCCACCACCCCGGCCUCCACAGUUGGAGAGGCAUGUGGUACGGCCCCCACCUCGAAGCCCUGAGCCUGAUACGCUGCCUUUAGCUGCUGGAUCCGACCACCCUCUGCCCCGGGCCGCCUGGCUUCGUGUCUUCCAGCACCUCGGGCCCCGAGAGCUGUGUAUCUGCAUGCGAGUCUGCCGAACUUGGAGCCGCUGGUGCUAUGACAAGCGUCUGUGGCCUCGAAUGGACCUGAGCCGGCGGAAGUCUCUGACCCCGCCCAUGCUCAGCGGUGUGGUUCGCCGCCAGCCCCGUGCCCUGGACCUCAGCUGGACAGGUGUCUCCAAGAAGCAGCUCAUGUGGCUUCUCAACCGACUACAAGGCCUGCAGGAGCUGGUGCUUUCCGGCUGCUCCUGGCUGUCUGUCUCUGCCCUGGGCUCAGCCCCACUGCCAGCCCUGCGGCUCCUGGACCUCCGCUGGAUAGAGGAUGUUAAAGACUCCCAGCUCCGCGAGCUGCUCCUGCCUCCACCAGACACCAAACCAGGACAAACAGAGAGCCGGGGGCGGCUGCAGGGGGUGGCAGAACUGCGCCUGGCAGGCCUGGAGCUGACAGAUGCCUCCCUGCGUCUCCUGCUGCGCCAUGCACCCCAGCUGAGCGCCCUGGACCUGAGCCACUGCGCCCACGUCGGGGACCCCAGUGUCCACCUCCUCACAGCCCCCACAUCUCCACUCCGCGAGACCCUGGUGCACCUCAAUCUUGCUGGUUGCCACCGCCUCACAGACCACUGCCUCCCGCUGUUCCGCCGCUGCCCGCGUCUACGCCGCCUAGACCUGCGCUCCUGCCGCCAGCUCUCACCUGAAGCUUGUGCCCGGCUGGCAGCCGCUGGCCCCCCUGGCCCCUUCCGCUGCCCAGAGGAGAAGCUACUUCUCAAGGACAGCUAGUUGGGCGCCCCCCCACCCUUCCCUGGACUCAUCAGGAGCCUGGACCUCGGCCUUCAUUUCACCCCUUGCUGGGAGGCCAGGUUACCCACCUCGUGACUUGGGAUUCCUGAGUUUUCUGACUUGGGAUUCCUGCCCAGGAACUUGAGCCAGCUUCCCCCUUCUCUUCCCCCUGCACUGAUAUCUCUGGGGGUCUGUCCUUCCCAUCUCCUCCCCCUUUCACCUGCUUCAUUGUCCAUCCCCUGGGGGGAAUGGGU